AUGAACCCUCUAGCUACAAAGUCUACCCUCAACCCCGGUAGCACCACUUCCUCAGGGUCAGUCAUCAACUCUGUUUCCGGAUGCCCUGAAACCCCGCCCGUGCAGGCGCCACAACGCAGAACCGAGGACAGGGAUGCUUCUGUAACAGAAAAAAUUGGUGCAGGGGAAGCGACUGCAGCUGGUAAACCCGGGCAAAAUAACCAAGAGGAGGAAAACGAAGAAAUCAAUGAUUAUGAUCCAAGGAACCUCGGCAUAUACAAACUCUCCUUAAUCUUAAUUGGCCUAAAUCUGUCAGUCUUUCUAAUUGGCCUCGACAAUACAAUCAUCUCUACUGCCAUCCCCAAAAUCACCGAUAAUUUCCAUGCCCUUGGCGAUGUGGGCUGGUACGCCAGUUCCUACCUGCUCACCACUUGCGCAUUCCAGUUGAUGUGGGGAGAACUGUAUACCUUGUACUCCAUUAAAUGGACGUACAUCACAGCCCUGUUUAUCUUCGAGCUGGGCUCUUUGAUCUGCGCCGUCGCCCCGAACUCCACAUCACUUAUUGCAGGUCGUGCAAUUGCUGGAGUCGGGAGCGGAGGCGUCACCAAUGGAGCCUUCCUUUUAGUUGCCCAUCUAGUUCUGCCGCGCCAACGACCAACUCUUGUUGGGAUGAUCGGCGGCAUGUAUGGCUUUGCAUCCAUCGCUGGUCCUCUUAUGGGAGGCGCUUUUACCGAUAACACGAAGUUAACGUGGCGAUGGUGUUUCUACAUCAAUUUACCGCUCGGCCUGAUUACCGGGCUUAUCAUGACAUUCGUAUACCGACCUCGAAUGCGUAAGGGAAGAAAGAUCUCCCUGAUCGACCAACUAAAGCAAAUGGAUCUCCCUGGGACUGCGGUGAUCUUGCUUGGCGUUAUUUUUUUGGUGCUUGCUCUACGGUGGGGUGGUACGAAGUACGAAUGGAAGAACCGGCGCAUCAUUGCCCUCCUAGCCAUCGCCGCGGCUCUACUAGUUGGCUUUGUUAUCAUUCAAAUCAUCAGUGGAGAUCGCGCAACUGUUCCCCCACGUGUGUUUUGUAAUCGAAACAUCUGGGGCUCUGCGCUCUUUGGCUCUGGCGUUACUGCCUGCUUCUUCACAAUGCUCUAUUAUAUCCCCAUUUGGUUCCAAGCCAUCAAGGGUGUCAGCGCCGUCAAGUCCGGUGUCAUGAAUCUUCCCAUGAUCCUCAGUUUCGUCAUAUUCUCCUUUCUAGGUGGAACGCUAACCUCCCUGACUGGCUACUAUGUACAAUUCACCUAUCUUACCGUUAUUCUCAUGGCCAUUGGGACCGGUCUCCUUACUACUCUUAAAGUAGAUUCAGGCCAUCCUGAAUGGAUAGGGUACCAGUUCAUUCUAGGCGCAGGUAUCGGGUUGGGUCUGCAGGCCGCAUUCGUCUCUACGCAAACUGCGCUUCCACUUGAGGAUAUUCCCAUUGGCACUGCAACCAUAAUGUUUUCAGAAAACCUCGCUGCAGCAAUUAUGGUAUCAGUUGCACAGAACGUGUUUACCAACCAACUCAUGAGAAAUCUAGGCACACAUGUACCCGGUUUUGAUGGACACAGUAUCUUGACGAUCGGCGCCACACAAAUCAAGAACAAAGUUCCUCCAGAGCUUUAUGAUGCGGUUCUCAUCGCGUAUAACAGGUCAUUGGCGCAGACGUUCUACGUCGGGGUUGGGUUGUCGUGCAUAGGUUUAUUGGGUGUCGUUUGGCUGGAAUGGCUCUCUGUUAAUAAGGUGAAAGAUAAACUAUCGGAUGCGGCUCAGGGGCCACCAUAG